AUGACAGGCAAAAAUAGAAGACAGAAAUGUAAACUUUCAUGCCCCGGACGUAAAAAUAACAGUUCUGAAUUCGAUGAAGAAAUGAAAAGCCAUGUUUUAAAUGGCAAAAAAAACAUGUGUUUUUCAAAAUCUGCAUCUACAAAUGGAACUGGAGAUGUAUUCCAAGGAUAUCCAACCGAUUUUGGAAAAGGAUAUUCCUAUUCUGAGAACAAUCUAUCAAGUGAAGAUUUUCUACAGGAUACCUUUAUUUAUCAAAUGAUGGAAGGAAUUACGAUUCCAUGUAUUUCAAACGAAGUUUUUCUAAAGGAUACCUUUACUUAUCAAAUGAUAAAAGGAAUUGACAUUCCAUAUAAUUCAAUUCCGUGGUUCAAAUUUGAUAUCGAAUUUAAUAAUUCAUAG